UUCCCGUUAGCUAGAAUUUCUUCACGGAGAGGAUGAUCUCCGCGAGGUAUGAAAGUCGGGCACUGGCAUAGGUCUGUGGCGCUGCUCCUGGGAAUUAUUGCCACGGCGCUCUUGUUCGUGGCGAUCAGCCACGAUCUCCGCUCCUAUUCCAUCGAGGUAUCGACAUCGACAUGGGUUUCGGCCGCAGAUUCUCGCAAUGCCGGCUCGAUCGCGUCGGAAGUGGUGGAUUACGAGGCCCGGGAGGACGAAUUCGCCGAUCCGGAGCCUCUAGAUCAGCAAGAACAGGAAGAACAGGGCGAGAAAGAAGAGGACAAGCCAGAGGCUAGGGAAAUCGAGGGCGGGGAUAGCAAUGGGGCGGCUGGAGUGGGAUUUUCUCCAGGGAAUUCGACGAAUCGGGAGUGUAAUCUCUACGAGGGGCGCUGGGUACGCGAUGAAUCAUACCCACUGUUCCAGCCUUUCACUUGUCCAUUCGUCGAUACCGCCUUUCGGUGCCAAGAAAAUGGACGCAAAGAUAAAGGCUACUUGCAAUGGCGGUGGCAGCCUUUUGGGUGCGACAUACCAAGAUUUAAUGCGUUGGAUAUGUUGAAGAGACUACGGAACAAGAAGCUCGCCUUUGUGGGAGACUCUCUGGGGAGGAAUCAAUGGGAGUCUCUCGUGUGCAUGCUCUAUCAAGGAGUUUCCAACCGGAGCAACGUCUUUGAGGCAAGAAGGCAGCAAGUUGGAAAGGCCAGGCCGAGCUACUCGGUAAAGUUUCCAGACUACAAGACGCAGAUCGACUACUACCGCACACAUUUCCUGGUUCCCGAGGGUCGAAGGCCUCCAGGAAUAACCGAGAGGAGGAGGAUCAAGUGCUCUUUGCAGCUGGACAGAGUAGACAAGACCGGCUCCAAAUGGAAGAACGCUGAUAUCUUGGUCUUCAACUCGGGACACUGGUGGAACCAUGGAAAGAUCUCCAAGAGGUGUUUCUUCAUUGAACGGAGUAACUACACCUUGAACAUGGACGUCCAUGCUGCCUACGAGAGAGCUAUCCAAACUUGGGCUUCAUGGGUUGACAAUCACCGCGGAAAGAAAGUUUUCUUUCGUGGUUUUGCUCCAAACCACUUCAGUGGAGGAGAUUGGAACACUGGAGGGACAUGCGAGACACACAUCCAGCCUCUCGAUGAUGAAUCAAAGCUAGACAAGUAUCCAGACAAAGUCGAGGCCGUGGAGAACGUCUUGAGCACCAUGAAGACGCCGGUGACGUUUCUUAACGUGACGAAGCUCUCGUUGUUCCGCAAAGAUGGUCACGUCGCUGGAUGGGGAAAACGCAACGGCAGUGGUCGCCAAGACUGUAGCCACUGGUGCCUUCCCGGAGUUCCAGAUACUUGGAACGAGCUUCUCUACGCGUCUUUAACCCGGAGCUAGAGUUUUGGAAAGCGCUGUGCCUAAAAAUCUCUCUUUUGACGACACUAAAGACAUUCGAUUCUAGGCUGAAUAAUGCACUGCUUCCGAAAAAUUGGUUUUAGUGCCGCUGCGGUGUGAGAAACAAAGUUUGAUCGUUACGUCCAAAUGGAAAAACUA